AUGGCGAUGCUGCUUAAGCGACCGAUCGGUACGCUGGUCAGCGGGUUGCGCAGUGUUGGUGGAGGCAAUCGAAAUGGCGGUGGUAACACACCACUACUGGACGGCGGAUAUGCGGGCGGUAGUACGCCAGUACCCGGCCACGACGGAAGUAUGCGACAAACAUUAACGAUCGUGUUUCUCUGCAUCCUGUGGUACGUUGUGUCCAGCAGCAACAACGUGAUCGGGAAGAUGAUACUGAGCGAAUUUCCCUACCCAAUGACGGUCACGAUGAUACAGCUGACCAGCAUCACCGUGUACAGUGGACCAUUCUUUAAUCUGUGGGGCGUACGGAAGUACGUAGACAUAUCCUGGCGCUACUACUUCACCUUUAUCGUGCCGUUGGCGUUGGGGAAAUUCUUGGCCUCGGUAACGUCACACAUUUCCAUCUGGAAGGUGCCAGUUUCGUACGCCCAUACAGUGAAAGCAACGAUGCCGUUGUUCACCGUGAUACUGUCGCGUAUUAUAAUGCGCGAACGGCAGACAAAAGCCGUGUAUCUAUCCCUGAUGCCGAUCAUCGUUGGCGUUGGUAUUGCCACACUAACCGAACUGUCGUUCGACGUGAUUGGGCUGAUUAGUGCGCUGAUCGCAACGAUGGGUUUUUCGCUGCAGAAUAUCUUCUCCAAGAAGGUGCUAAAGGAAACGGGCGUCCACCAUCUACGGCUGCUGCACAUACUCGGCCGGUUGGCACUGUUUAUGUUUCUGCCCGUCUGGAUCUACGUCGAUCUGUUUAACGUGAUGAAACAUCCAUCCAUUGUGACGGGUGAUUAUCGGGUGAUAGCGCUGCUGUUUACCGACGGUGUGCUUAACUGGUUGCAGAACAUACUUGCGUUCAGUGUGCUGUCGCUGGUGACGCCUCUUACGUACGCGGUCGCAAGUGCGAGCAAGCGAAUCUUCGUCAUUGCCAUCUCACUGUUUGUGCUGGGCAAUCCGGUAACGUGGCUGAAUGUGCUCGGUAUGCUGGUGGCGAUACUCGGUGUGCUGUGUUACAACCGAGCGAAAUACUUUGCCCGUCGCCAGGACACUUUGCUACCUUACGCAUUCGGUGCGAAAGAGACCGGUGACGUGAAAGGUCCCAACACGCUUGCCAGCCAUGGUAAUGGCCGACGGUAUCCGUACGCUCCACUGCACGCUAAUGGUGGUGGUGGUGUUUCGGUACCGGAGAAUGUACUACUAGCGAAUGGUACAUCCACUCUCGUGCCAACGACAACCCAUCCACACAGUGGGCCACCUGGUGUAGCACCGACGAUCCCAAUCACGACAUCGUCCAACAUGACCACGUCCAGCAGUACCAAUGGCAGAUUACUGUUCGUUUAA